UCUGGUCCCUCUGCCGUGUUUUGUCACAGUGAAGUGGAGUUAGCAGCGGAGAUGAUCCACAGCCUGUUCCUGAUUAACCACUCCGGAGACAUCUUCCUGGAGAAACACUGGAAGAGUGUCAUCAGCAGGAGUGUCUGCGACUACUUCUUUGAGGCCAAAGAGAAGGCGGUGGACCCGGAGAACGUGGCCCCCGUCCUGCAGACCCCUCACCACUAUCUCAUCAGCAUUUACCGGGGAAAGCUCUUCUUCCUCUCCGUCAUUCAGGCUGAAGUCCCUCCGCUGUUUGUCAUCGAGUUCCUCCACAGAGUGGCAGACACAAUCCAGGACUAUUUUGGAGAAUGCUCUGAAGGCGUUAUUAAAGACAACAUGGUGAUAGUUUACGAGCUGUUGGAGGAGAUGCUGGAUAACGGCUUUCCCCUGGCCACGGAGUCCAACGUCCUCAAGGAGAUGAUCAAGCCUCCCACCAUCCUGCGAUCGGUCGUCAAUACGCUCACAGGAGGCAGUAAUGUUGGAGACACGUUGCCAACAGGUCAGCUGUCUAAUAUUCCGUGGAGACGGGCCGGAGUUAAAUACACCAACAAUGAGGCGUAUUUUGAUGUGAUCGAGGAAAUCGAUGCUAUUCUGGACAAGUCAGGUACGACGGUCUGUGCAGAAAUCCAGGGUGUAGUUGAAGCAUGUGUGAGACUCACUGGGAUGCCUGACCUGACUUUGUCCUUCAUGAACCCUCGUCUCCUGGAUGAUGUGAGUUUCCACCCGUGUGUGCGAUUUAAGCGCUGGGAGGCGGAGCGAGUGCUGUCCUUCAUCCCACCAGAUGGAAACUUCACACUCAUGACUUACCAUGUCAGCUCUCAGAAUCUCGUAGCCAUUCCUGUGUACGUGAAGCAGAACAUCAAUUUCUUUGACACGGGAUCUUGCGGCCGUCUGGACAUCACCAUUGGACCCAAGCAGACCAUGGGGAAGACGGUGGAGGGCUUGGUGGUCACAAUCCACAUGCCCAAAGCUGUGCUCAGUGUCAACCUCGCGGCCACACAAGGAACCCACACCUAUGACCUCUCCACCAAGGUGUUGGUUUGGGACAUUGGGAAACUCAACCCUCAGAAGCUUCCUAACCUGCGAGGCAGUCUCAGUAUGCAAACCGGAGUCCCCAAGCCGGAGGAGAACCCUUCACUCAAUAUUGAUCUGAAGAUCCAGCAGCUGGCCAUAUCAGGUCUCAAAGUGAGCCGCCUUGACAUGUAUGGAGAAAAGUACAAGCCGUUUAAAGGGGUCAAAUAUGUGACUAAAGCUGGAAAAUUUCAAGUGCGGACCUGAUCGGUGGCUGCCGGAGGUUUGUAAUCCAAUGUGCCAAAUAAUGAGUCACUGAGCUCUUCAGUUUGUCUUACAGAAGCAUUGUUAUCAAUGGAAGAAAACAAAAAAACCCAAACAAAAACAGCAUUCUAACAGAUAUUUAUUAUGUGUUUGGCAUUACCUGUAUGUGACUGAAUCGUUUUGUGGCCUGUAAAGGGAAGCCUUAAUAUUAAUAAUAUAUCAAUGUAACCUUUUUGAAAUCUGUUAUUUUCUGUCCAGUUUAUGUGUUACAAUAUAUGGAUCAUUCCGGUAUUUAGUUUUUUUGUUUCUUUAUAAUUGUUUAUAUGCAAUGCCCUGCGUGUUGCCAAAGGGGAACGUUUUGUUUUGGAGAAGGACAUUUCCAGCUCCUGCUCUGCUCCACCACACCGCCCGCAUGUCGCCUGCCACUGAAACACACUUGCCUUCAAAAAACGUUUUACACAUAAUGUAGCCGUUUUUCUAUUUCACAGUGUGUCUUAAAGCACAGCCUUCAGCGCAGGUAUUUUUGCACACACACACACACAUAAACGUGGCCUUUGUAAGCACAGGUUAAUGUGCUUUUGACUACACACACAAUCUAGCACAAAUUGCAUGUUUUGGAAAAUUGAGGGAAUUGUAUUUUAAAUAUAUAUCUCGUAUCCAAGAUACAAAGUUUCAAUUGGAGUUGGUGUAGUUUUGAGAUUCUAAUUUCUGAAAGCGGUCUGUUGGGAACAAUGUUGUAAACAGAUCUCU